GUCGCCAUACAUUUGAUCGGCUUUCCACUCAGCCAAUCAGAUCACGCAACCCGCCGUCUCAUCUGGUGUUGUGUAUUUGUCCAGGUUCGGUAGAGAAGGAAGGGGGACGAGCAAGGUGUUGUACUGCAGGUCACAGAAGCUGUUUGGUCCUUGCUUAUUUAGGUCCGCCUUUAACACGCCCUAGUCCUUCUAAUAAAUAUUGACAACCGCAGCUUUCCGGGGCCAGUUUUCUACUUCUCUUCGCCUGCUGCUGCCACCUGUAUCCUGGACCGAGGUUCUCACCUCUUCUCCUCUGCCGGAACACCAUGGAGACAGAAAUCGAUCAACAAGAAGACACUUCAUUCAGCAACACAGAGUCAAAUGGUAAGCGCCCUGCUGAGGAUGCAGAUGAGCAGAAAUCGUUCAAGCGCUCCAGGAACUCGGAUGAGAUGGUUGAGCUCCGCAUCCUCCUGCAGAGCAAAAAUGCAGGAGCUGUAAUUGGAAAGGGUGGCAAAAACAUCAAAGCCCUUCGUACAGACUACAAUGCCAGUGUGUCAGUCCCAGACAGCAGUGGGCCCGAGCGCAUCUUGAGCAUCAGUGCCGACAUCGAGACCGUUGGAGAAAUCCUGCUGAAGAUUAUCCCAACGUUGGAAGAGUACCAGCAGUACAAUGGCAUGGAUUUCGACUGUGAGCUGCGUCUCCUGAUCCACCAGAGCCUGGCUGGCUCAAUCAUCGGGGUGAAGGGAGCCAAGAUCAAAGAGCUUCGUGAGAACACAAAGACCAGCAUCAAGCUGUUUCAGGAGUGUUGUCCCCAGUCGACAGACCGCGUUGUGCUGGUUAGUGGUAAAACUGAGAGGGUGGUGGAGUGUAUCAAGACCAUGCUGGAGCUCAUCGCUGAAGCUCCCAUAAAGGGCCGCACACAGCCGUACGACCCUAACUUCUACGACGAGACCUACGAUUAUGGUGGUUUUACCAUGAUGUUUGAGGAGCGGGGGGGUGGCCGCAGACUUAUGGGAGGCUUCGCCAUGCGUCCAGGCAGGUCCAGCGGUGGUGACCGUGGGUUUGACCGAAUGCCCUCAAGCAGAGGGGUGCGGGGACCCAUGCCUCCCUCCCGCAGAGAUUACGAUGACAUGAGCCCCCGUCGAGGUCCUCCUCCACCCCACCCGAGUAGGGUCGGCAGGGGGAGUGGACGUGGACGCAACAUGCCCAUAGGACACCCCCACAGAGGAGGAGAUGAUCGUUACUAUGACUCGUACCGCGGCUCAGAUGACAGGUCCAAUGACAGAAGAGGCAGACCGGAUCGCUACAGCGAUAACAUGGGUGGCGGAGGAUAUGAUAACAGUUCCUCCUGGGAUAGCUACCAGCCAGGUGGACGCAGCUCCUAUAAUGAUAUGGGUGGCCCCGUCAUCACCACUCAAGUGACGAUCCCUAAAGAUUUGGCUGGCUCUAUCAUUGGUAAGGGAGGCCAGCGGAUCAAACAGAUCCGCCAUGAGUCAGGGGCCUCCAUCAAGAUCGAUGAACCCCUGGAAGGUUCUGAGGACCGAAUCAUUACCAUUACUGGCACCCAGGAUCAGAUCCAGAACGCCCAGUACCUUCUACAGAACAGCGUGAAGCAGUACUCUGGUCAUUUGCUGUAGACCCAGGAGGCUCAGAUUGAAGCAGAUUGCCCCUCCCUCCUCAACCUUUUCCACCCCCUGUCCAACACAUCCGCUUCAGACUAUUCUGGAUUGUGGAUGUCUUUUUUUGAAUUUUAUUUUUGUAUUUUUUAAUGAAAUACAUGUCCAACAUUCCUGUGCAUAAAGGAAAUGUAGAUGAUCUGCGUUUCUGAGAGUGUAGUACAUUAGUUUAUCAGAUACAAUUUGCAUUUUUUAACACUCAUAUAUCAAAAUAUCCUUCACACUUCUCACAAACAAAAAUAAACAUAACCUUUAUUUUUUGAUUUUUUUAUGACUUUUUUUUAUGUGCAAGUUUGUGUCUGUGUAAAUCUGUCCUGUGUGUAUGUGUGUGUGUGUGCGUGCGUGCGUGUCUGACGGCGUGAGUGGGUUGUUGUGCUUUCUUUUGCUUCUGGGCCCCUUCACGGGCGGUUGUAUCACAUAACACGCAGAAUGUAAGCUACAUGUCAUUUUUCUUUAAGAGCUGUGAGGAGUUUUACCCUGUAGAAUUACUUUAAGUUGGGACUUAUGUACACGGAUACAGGACAGACUAAAUUGUAUGAUUAUAAUAGUUGGGUGACAAAACAAAAUUUGAGUAAUUCCUCAGAAACGGAACGAUGUAGUUAGUAAUUUAAGGCAUUUUAUUGGAGAUUUGACAAAUGAUAUUGAACUAUUUUUUUUUUUUUUCCUGUGUUCUACACUUGUUUUCUCUCCAUGUUGUAGACUUCACAUUGUCAAGGUAUAAGACAAAUAAAGAUGAUGCCACUUUUUACAGAACCACUUUUGAAUUUUAA